CUAGUCUCUCUCAACUCUCCAAUUGGGAACCUUGAUCGUGUUUCCGAUGGCCGAGAGAUCACUCAAAAGCGAAGAAGAAGACGGUGAGACGAAGUGGAAGAAGAUAGUGAUAAGGGUGGUAUUUGGGGAGAGGACGAAGACAGAGAAGGGUAAUGAGAGAGCAAUGCUGCGUUGUCAAGCAGACGAAUGUGGGGUGGACUUGAGAAUGGCGAGCAAGUACCAGCAGAGGCACAAGGUUUGUGGCAGACAUUCUAAAGCUUCUGUGGUUUUGGUCUGUGGCAUUCGUCAGAGAUUCUGCCAACAGUGCAGUUUCAUGAAGUGUCGCAGUUCCAUGGCAACAAAAGGAGUUGUAGGGAUAGACUGGCAGGUCAUAACCAACGUCGAAGAAAAACCCACUCACGCAUUCCCUCAGUUUCAACCACUCAGCCUCAUUCAAAUCAUCAAUCUAUCCAAAUUUGUGGGCUAA